GAGAGAGAGAGAGAGAGAGAGAGAGAGAGAGAGAGAUGGGGAGAGCUCCAUGUUGCGACAAGACAAAGGUGAAGAGAGGUCCUUGGUCUCCCGAGGAAGAUUCAAAGCUUAGAGAUUACAUAGAGAGAUUUGGAAAUGGUGGUAAUUGGAUCUCUCUCCCUCAAAAAGCCGGUUUGAAGAGAUGUGGAAAGAGUUGCAGAUUGAGAUGGCUAAACUAUUUGAGACCGAACAUAAAACAUGGAGAUUUCUCAGAGGACGAAGACAGGAUCAUCUGCAGCCUCUUUUCUGCCAUUGGAAGCAGGUGGUCAAUAAUAGCAGCUCAUCUACCGGGAAGGACAGACAACGACAUCAAGAACUAUUGGAACACCAAGCUCAGGAAGAAACUCAUGGCUGCUUCUUCUUCUUCAUCAGCGGAUUCAAUGGCUUCUUUAUCUCGUCAAAACCCUAAUCCCCAUCACAACGUGAAAAACUCGCCAACGAUCUCGACUUAUCAGCAUCAUCCAUAUGAUCAAACUCAUGACAAGAACCCACCCAAAUCUCAAGUGUCCUCUGAUGGCUUUGACCAGAUAUUGCCCAUUAACCCUGUCAUCAGCGUCAACCCACCAAGUUUCUUGGACAGUAACAUCAACCACUUCGAGGAUAGUACAGCUAGUUUCCUGAUGAACUACUACAACCCCAUGUUUCAUCACUACAACGACGUCAAAGACAACAACAACAACAGCAGUUUGAUCAUGUCAAGCGAUCAGCAGAGCUGUAGUUCCUCAGAGAAUGGAAGCCAACAUCAUGGAAGGAGAGAGAUUCAUGAUGUCAUCAAUCAAGAUCAUCAUCAAGUCGACGUCCAGUGCUUUGGUGGGUACAACGUGACGACUUGCUACGAACACGAACAUGGACAUGAAAACCAGGGUCAGAUUCAAAAGGGAAGAGGGUAUUUCGGGGAAAUCACGGAGAUGGAGAAAGAGUAUUACUGUUACGGGCUUGGGGAUUUGAAGCAAAUGAUUAGCACUAACAUCGGCGGUUCUUCAAGUGGCUUAAGCAACGUAGCUGAGAACAAAAGUUGCCUGCAACAAGACAAGAUGGGUAUGCCCUAUCUCUACUGAUAACCUAAUAGACCCUCUUGUCUUUGUUUGGUUUUUUUAAAUAAUCUGUGACUGACUGUUAGUAACAUCAGUGAGAUUUGAUGGGGUAUGGCUUUGUUUUUGGGAAAAGAGAGAGGGAGAGAGAGAGAGAGAGAGAGAGAGAGAGAGAGAGAGAGAGAGAGAGAGAGAGAGACUAUGAUCAGUUUUAUGGGAUUCUGUGUUUUGUUUGUCUUUUGGACAUUAACGAUGAGAAGGUUUUCUUUCUAGUCGAGAAGGAGAGUGAUGAACUCCUAAAGUAGUUCUACGAGAUAUGUACUUGUUGGUUGAAGAAUGGAAA